CGAGGUCACUAUGAUUAAUCUAUUUGUUCUACAAAAAAAUCGUUUGGCGCAAGUGCCCAUUGAGGACCGUCGCGAACUGCUUAAUUACCAGCCCAUUUGGGUUGAUGUGAUUGACCCAUCGGACGAUGAAUUGGCAUGGAUAGCCGAAUAUUAUAAGGUGGUGUUACCUGAUCCUGAGGAAUUAGGAGAUUUGGAAGCUUCCGCUCGUUAUUUUGAACGGGAGGAAGAUGGUCAUGUGCAUAUUCAUGCGGAUUUCUUGUUAGACGAGGAAGAAAAUACCCGUAGCGUAAGGGUUGCGUUUGUCCUAACGCAAAAUGCCCUGUUUUCGAUUCAUGAUGAAGAUUUGGCGGUCUUUCGUUUAGUGCGUUUACGAGCACGUUUGCGCCCUGGAACCAUUACCGAUGCAAAAAGUGUUUUGCUUGAACUUUUUGAUGCCAAUGCCGAGUACUCUGCUGAUUCUGUAGAAGAAAUUUAUGAAAGGCUUGAAAAAGCAAGCCAUGAAGUGCUUUCAAGUGACCUAUCAGACGAGGCAGCAGCGAGCAUUCUUGAAACCAUUGCAUACGAAGAAAACUUAAAUGGACAUAUACGCCGCAAUGUGAUGGAUACGCGUCGCGCUAUUUCUUUUAUGGUCCGGAGCCAGUUAUUAACAGGCGAACACAUGGAUGAUGCCCGCCAAAUUUUGCGUGAUAUUGAAUCCAUAGAAAAUCAUACGGCGUUUUUAUUUGAAAAAAUUAACUUCUUAAUGGAUGCAACCGUCGGUUUUAUUAAUAUUAAUCAAAAUAAAAUCAUUAAGUUGUUUUCAGUUGUAUCGGUUUGUUUAAUGCCUCCGACUUUAAUUGCUAGUGUUUAUGGCAUGAAUUUUAAGUUUAUGCCCGAGUUGGAUUUAAAAUAUGGUUAUGUUAUGGCCAUUGUUUUAAUGGUGUUUAGCGCGAUUGUCCCUAUCAUCUGGUUUAGGCGACCGACUGCGUCGGGAAAAACAGCCUGUGCUUUGCACUUAGCAAAAUAUUUUCCAAUUGAAAUCAUUAGUAUGGAUUCUGCUUUGGUUUACCGUGACAUGAAUAUUGGCACGGCAAAACCCUUGGCAGACGAGUUGGCGAUUUGCCCGCACCACUUAAUCGAUGUGAUUGAACCCACCGACCACUUUUCAGCAGCCCAGUUUGCAAGCCGUGCGUUAACGUUAGUGACGGCGAUCCAGUCACGUGGCAAAAUUCCAGUAUUGGUUGGUGGCACGAUGUUGUAUUAUCGUGCUUUAGUCAUGCCCUUAGAUGAUUUGCCAUCCCGCGAUGAGGCUAUCCGUCAAACGUUGGAUCAGUUAGCUUUACAAAAAGGCUGGGCAUAUUUGUAUGACCAGCUCAUUUUGCUCGAUCCUACCACAGCCGCACGUUUAAACCCGCAAGAUCGACAACGCAUUCAAAGAGCUUUAGAGGUUUUUUAUAUUACAGGCAGGCCCUUGUCGAGUUUUUUUAAUACUCAAACUGCCACACCGAGUUUGGUGCCCACCUUGAUUAGUUUAGAACCGAGCAAUCGUGCUUUGUUACACGAAAGAAUAUUACAACGAUUUGAUGUCAUGCUUGAAAAGGGAUUUGAAGAGGAAGUCAUCCGUUUACGUGCGCGCGGCGACCUAAGCCUAGAGCUCCCUUCUAUGCGUUGUGUGGGGUAUCGGCAAAUGUGGCAGUAUCUUGAUCAUACGAUUGAUUAUGAGCAAAUGCGGGAAAAAGGUAUUGUGGCGACUCGGCAAUUAGCUAAAAGACAGCUGACUUGGUUGCAUAAAAUAAGACCAUUGCUUUUUUAUGACACUGAUAUGACAAACCAUGCCGCCAAUUUCGAACAACAAGAAAUUGAUAAAUUUAGUCAAGUUGCUCACCAAUGGUGGGAUCAAUCUGGUGAAUUCAAACCCUUACACGACAUUAAUCCGUUGCGUCUGAAUUGGAUCGAUCGUCAAGUACCCUUGGCAGGAAAAGUGGUUUUGGAUGUGGGCUGUGGCGGGGGCAUACUGUCUGAAAGCAUGGCAAUUAAGGGGGCACAGGUGACAGGGAUAGACUUGUCCGAAGCGUCGCUUGAAACAGCGCGUUUACAUGCACGAGAAACCCAAACAGCGGUGACUUACGAACUCAUUAGCGUUGAAGCACUCGCUGCUCGUGAUCCCGCGCAUUUUGAUGUCGUGACUUGUAUGGAGAUGCUUGAGCAUGUUCCUGACCCCGCUGCGAUCGUCAAGGCGAUCCGUCAACUCGUUAAACCUGGUGGUAUGGUGUUUAUGUCGACCUUCAAUCGCAAUUUAACGGCUUAUGUUUUUGCUGUGCUGGGAGCGGAAUAUAUCCUCAAAAUGCUUCCCAAAGGCACACACGAUUACCAAAAGUUUAUUACCCCUGCUGAACUCGCUAGCAUGGCAAGACAUGCAGGAUUGGCGUUACAAAAACUUGAGGGCAUGCGUUAUAACCCGCUAUUUAAAUCGUAUGAACUUACGCCAAACACACAAGUGAAUUAUCUGGCGACGGUGUUAUUUGAUUUUGAUGGUACACUAGCUGAUACGGCUCAUGAUUUAGCUAAUGCGACCAAUCAAGCCCUAGUUCACCAUGGCUUAGCGCCGAUUGAGAUUGGAUUUUUAAAGCCGCAGGCUUCGUCUGGUGCACAAGGCUUACUGGGGGCAGCGGGUUUUACUCCAGAGCAUCAACAAUAUGAGUCAUUGCGACAGAGUUUCAUCGAGUUUUACGCAAAAAACCUUUCCGAACACACCGCACUAUUUGACGGGGUGAGCAAUAUUCUCGAAAAAAUCGAAACCAAAGGGUUGUUAUGGGGCAUCGUUACCAACAAGUCGUCGCGUUUUACUUUGCCUUUGGUCGAACAACUUGGACUGGAUUUGGCAAGUGUGGUUGUUUGUGGCGAUACGACGCCUUACACUAAGCCCUCACCCGAACCGCUGUUAUUUGCUGCACAACAGCUCGAUAUUGCUCCAGAGUCCAUCAUUUAUGUAGGCGAUGCGCGACGAGAUAUUGUCGCAGCAAAAGCGGCAAACAUGUAUAGUGUGGCUGCAGGUUAUGGUUACUGUGCUGGCGAAAACCCAGCGUUAUGGGGAGCCGAUGACGUUAUUAACAACCCUAUGGGUUUAAAUGCCAUCAUCAAAGAACUUUUAUUACCAACUCAU